UUGAAACCCACUCAACUCCUCUGCCCCGGAAGUUGUCGUCUUUAAUGCGGCUAACUUCACGCUGUCUAAUCAAGACCGCAGCUCGUAGCAGUUUCUUUAUUGUUCGUGAGAAAGUUUGUGUUGUGAUCCGUCAGAGCCUCUGUGUGUCCGGAUAAACCUGUCUGAAUGGACUUUGUGCUGUUCACCUUUUCUUUCUGGAUGUUUUACCUCUGACUCAUCUCCCGGUAGAGUACAAACACGUUAAAGUUAGCUUAACAUGCUAGCUGGUUAGCACCGCGGCGCUAGUCAGAGUGACUGUUUGAUGGAGAGCAAACUGUGUUUCUGACGGAGUUUGUGUGGAGAAAAAGUUGGUGUCACUGUGUGAAAAAUGUCUAAAGUCCAAACGGUGAGAGCGCUGGUGGAGCAGCGACUGACUGCGGCUGCUGAAGAGAUAUUUGGGCUGUUUGAAAGAACGAUAGCAGAGUACGAGGAGCAACUUUGUCGUUCAAAAGAGAAGAACGAGCGACAACAGAAACUACUGGACGCUGUUUUCAACCCUCAGCUUCACUUACACAGAGCAGACGUCCAGCAGCUGUCGGUGAGUGAAGAAGAGUUUCCCUCUGAGCAGCAGGAGAGGAGCUGCAGUCUGGACCAGGACCAGGACCAGGAGGAGCCAGAGCCCCCACACAUUAAAGAGGAACAGGAGAGUGACAACCUAAAGACCCAGAGAGGGAAUCAAGGGUUCACAGAACGAGGAAUUCUGAUCCAAACUGGAGAACACAAUGCAGAUCAGGAGGAGCCAGAGCCCCCAAACAAUAAAGAGGAACAGGAGAGGAACAAGAAUCACCUUCUGAAGAUCCACAAGAGGUUUAAAGAGCUGAUAGAAGGAGGGCGGAGGAGGGGAAAGCAGGAGGACCCAGACCCCCCACACAUUAAAGAGGAACAGGAGGAACCUUGGAGCAGUCAGGAGGGAGAGCAGCUUCAGGGGCUGGAGGAGGCUGAUAUCUCCAAGUUCACAUUCACUCCUGUCCCUGUGAAGAGUGAAGAAGAUGAAGAGAAACCUCAGUCCUCACAGCUUCAUCAAACACAAACUGAACAGAUGGAAACAGCAGCUGGUGGAGAGGACUGUGGAGGACCAGAACCAGACAGGAACUCUGAUCCAGAUCCACAAGUCCAGCUGUCGAACAUGAACAAAGCCUCAGAUUAUUCCAGAGAAGAAGUCAGUGCUGAUUGGACAGAGACCAGAAAGCCUCAGCCUGAUUAUAAAGCUUUGAGAAACAAGUUUGAGAAACCGUUCCGCUGCUCCGCAUGCGGGAAACGAUUCAACCAGAACUCGAAUCUUAAGACGCACAUGAGAACUCACACGGGAGAGAAACCGUUUAGCUGCUCCGUCUGCGGGAGACGAUUCAUCCAGAAGAUUCAUCUGCAGAAUCACAUUAAAUGUCACACGGGAGAGAAACCCUAUGGCUGCUCGCUGUGUAAUAAAAGCUUCUCACGCUCUGAGUAUUUACAGUCACACAUGAGGACUCACACGGGGGAGAGACCGUUCAGCUGCUCCGUCUGUUAUGAACGGUUCACGUGGCUCAACCAGUACAGAAACCACAAGUGUGGCGGCGAAUCCUCUCAGCUCCACGACGUCUGGAGCCGUCAGGACGCCAGACAGACACAGACUGAACACAUGGAGACAGAAGCUGACGGAGAGGACUGUGGAGGACCAGGACCAGACAGGAACUCUGAUCCACGUCCUCUUGAGGCACGUGGUCUGACGUGGAACUCAGUCCUUGGACCGCUCUGGUGAAAAACUAUUCCGUUUUUGUUUGAGUUAACCCUUUGAUGCACAACAUAUUGACACGUCUUGGAAUGCACAACAUGGUCAAAAAUGACCCUCAUUCAUUCCCUUUAUGUUAUUUAAUGUUGCUGUGUGUUUCUGUGCUCUAUCUUUUAAUGUCAACUUAUUUUAUGAUUGAAUAUUCCAAGUGUUCUUUAAAUAUCUUGCUUUUGAUAACACCAGAUCAUUAUUUCCAUUUGCCUCUCAUACUUUAUGAAGAAAAAAGUUUGUAUUAUUACAUAGCUGACUAUUUGGCUGAGUAGUUAGCUUAGCAAGCUACUUAGCUAAGAAAUGAGUUAAGUAGUAAGCCUAGCAAGCUACUUAGCUAAAUACUU